AUGGGGUGGCAUGAGCACUUCAGACGACACUGCGGCCGGACCUACACUCCCGCCGAGCAUGUUGGAUGGUACUGUUGAACUCGAAUCUCAGAAAAAACCCCCCACUUUUCAGUGAAAUCAAAGUCGAAGUCGCGGUCCAGAAGCAGGUCCCGCGAUCGCAAGAAGGACAAGAAGAAAAGGUCGCGUUCGCGAGACAAACGGUCCAGAUCCCGCGACAGGGAACGUCGUCGGCGAUCCAGAUCCAGAGACAGACGGCGAAGUCGCUCCAGGGAUCGGAAAAGGUUCCGUUGCAAUUUUUAAGCACUGUUCAAGUUCAAAUAGCCAUAGAGUGUAAAAGAUAACUAAAUUUCGGAGGGUCAGAGAUAAUUUUGCAUUUUUUUUUUGAACACGACGUUAAAUCAAUCUAUGGAGGGAUAGUAUUUUGAAUAAACCUCUAAAUCUGAUAUGAAACUUUUCAGAAGUCCAACAAUGGUCCCAUCAGUUCCGCACGUCAUCAAGGAACCGGUUAUCAACCCGCUAAUUCGUCAGGAUCUUGGUUUGUCCCAUUUUCCUGUUUCAAGUCGUUUUUGUUAGAGAUCAGAAUAUUUUUUUUUGUUACUUUUCACUUCGAUUGCACACUAGUUCAUUUUAUAUUUUUGAGAAAAAAAGUAAAAUCAAAUUUUUUUGAAGGUAUCUCUUUUUUUCAUAGUAUUUUCAAAAUAUUUUUGGCUGCGAUGUAAAAAUUUCUGUACUUUUUUUGAGGUGGGCACGAUAGGGUUAUGAUAAAAUUGAAAAAAAUUUACUGGCUUUAGAUUAGAUACCGUUGUCCGCUGUCUUGAACACACGUGAAAAAAAUAGAAUGGAAAGUAAAUUUAAAAAAAUUUUUGCGGUUCUUCAAAGAAAAUAAUUUUUUUAAAACAGGAGUUGAACAACUUCUAACAAAGAAGUGACGAAGAACAAAUAGAUUAUAUUUUUUUAUUUAAAAAAAGUUUUUUUGGUUUCCAAAUCCAUACCUUGAAAAUAAAAAGAUUUUUUUAUUUACAGCAGCUCCGGGGCAGGCUCCGACGGACCAAUCUGGUAUGCAGGUGGCUUUUGGCCGGGUUUCCGGCGAAACGGGAGCGGAAAAGUCGAUGGUCGACGACCAAAAGCUUCGUCCCCGGAAUGCCCACCAUUUUGCCGUCUGAUCUCACCGAAGAGCAAAGGACAGCUUAUUUACGUCGGUUUUUCAUUAUCUGUUUUUUUAAACCUUGAAAUUGGAAAAAAAUUCGAAAAAAAUUUAAUAAAAAAAUUAGAAAAAAAUGGUGUAAUGAAGCAACAGGGAGGCCUCGUUUAUUGAUACCAAAAUCCAGUAGAAUCUGAGAAUUUUUCAUGCGGUUUGCUUUCAGUAGAACUUACAAAGUUUCGGUUUCCAUUGAUUCUUGAAAAAUUUUAUUGGUUUAACAAAGAAGAGCAAAAAAAAUUUAAAAAUUUGGAGAAUAAUCGGCGAAAUUUUCCUGCUUCAGUUUUCGUAUCCCGAAAAAUUGACUUUUUAAUUUUUCUACUUUGGCCUUGGUCGAAAAAUUGAAAUUUGAGUAAAUUCGAUCAAGGCGCAGUACUUUGAAGGUUUCAAGAAACAGUAGAAUUGAGGUUAUGAUGUCAUAAAAAUUAUAAAUAUUCAAGCUGCGAAGAAUAGAAUGAUAAGUAUACUUGGGAUUUUUCUCUUUCAGUUCAACUAGAAAUAGAAGAUGCGACGAGAAAGCUGCGCCUCGGAGAUUUUAUUGGCUCUUCAGAUCCGGCUGAAAGGUUUGACUUCAUUUUUUUUUUUUGGAUCCUUGAUUCUUAUCUGAACCAUGAAUGGCUGCCAAUACCUUUUAUUGAACCAUCCUAUGAAUCUUAAAUCUUAAAAAACACCUUGGAAAUUUUACGGCUGCAAUGUUGAACCUACUGGAAAAAGAUGAGUUCCUGUUGGAAAUAUCCUCCAAAAAGUUAAAAAAAUUUCUUUCUUACUCUUCAAAAAAUGUAAGAUCAAGAAUAUUUUUUCAGAAGUCCGUCUCCGGAGCCGAUUUACGACGCAAACGGAAAACGACUCAAUACUCGCGACGUGCGGAAACGACAGGAGCUGGAGCAGCUCCGACAUGAGAAAAUUCAGGCUCUCCUCCGUAUCAAUCCAAAUUUCAAACCUCCUGCUGACUAUAGGUGAAGCGACUAUUCUAUGAAAUGCACGUAAUUUUAAAUCUCAGGGCACCCAAUAUUCGACUUCACGAUAAGGUCUGGAUACCACAGGACGAACAUCCCGAAUUGAAUUUUGUUGGUCUUUUGAUUGGCCCGCGAGGAAAUACGCUGAAGAGUCUGGAAGCGGAGACUGGCGCUAAAAUUAUCAUCAGGUAAUUUUUCAUUCAAGUUCGAAAUUUUUCUCAAAAGAACUUUCAAACUAUAUGAAAAAUGGAUGGUAGGACGUUGCUCGUUUAAAAGUUUUCAAGCGAGAUAGUAUUAGGAGCUGUGGAGACGCCAGACAACGAGAUUACUGUGUCCCUUCAGCGAAUGUUGAUCUCUCACUAGUGAACUUUGAAGACCAAGUUUUGGGUCCUAUCGUAGAAAAAUGCGUGAAAGUCAGGCUCAAUUAAAAAGAAGAGUGAAAUAAGAAAACAUUGAGUUUAAAACGAAUAAAAUAUUAAAUUUUUUCUCGAACUUAAACGUUUUUAAGGCAUCUUUUUAAAUUUUCAGAGGAAAAGGAUCAGUGAAAGAGGGAAAAUUAGCGAACAGAAUGGGUCCUAUGCCUGGCGAGAAUGAGCCGCUUCACGCCUACGUCACAGGAACCGAUCAGGCGACCAUCAAAAGAGCCUGCGACAGGGUAAUUUUCGAUCUUUGUCUCUGAAAGAUUAUAUCUCUACCUUUGAGAACAAAUACCAGAAGAUAUAGAAUUUUUAAAAAUCAAUAAAUAAAAUUGAAAUUCAUAUUUUUUUCGAAAUUCGGCUCUCCCAUAGUGGCAGAGUAGUCAUCUGAACUCAAAAGUAUCCAAAAUGGGUAUCUGUUUUAUUGAUGUAAGCUAUGAUCGGGAGUUGAUUCUUUUAGGUUCUUUUCAACUGAGAUAUAUUUCUCCGAUCUAAAAGGUUAAUUUUAGGAAUUUGUAAAAUUUUUAAAAGUUAUCAGUACUUUUAGCUGAGCUGUCAAACUUUGAAUCACUUUUUUUUCUGAUCAGAAAUAUUUCUGAGAUAGUUUGUAGGGUUUUUAAUAAUUCGGUUUCAGUUCAGAGCUCAUUUUGUAGUCUUAAGCUCUUUAUAUUUUACUCAAGUGAUAAAGGUAACAUUAAAAUGAUUACAGAUCCGGUCGAUAAUCGCGGCGGCGACAGAAAUUCCCGACGGACAGAAUGAGCUCCGGAAAUUGCAGCUCCGUGAGUUGGCGUUGCUCAACGGAACUCUGCGGCCUGAGGAUCUUGUCAAGUUAGUUUUUACUUAUUUUUCUUCGAUAUUUCUGUCAUAAGAGCAUAUUUGAAACAUAGGAUAAAGCCUCAAAAUAUCUUAUUUUCUUAUAUUCUUCGACUUUUUUUUUCAAUCACUUCACUUUUCUCUAAUUUUUUAGCGGUGCUCGUUGUUCGAAUUGCGGCUCUGACGAGCACAAAACGUGGGAAUGUCCUGACGCUCCGAACGUGACGGGUCAGAUCAAAUGUAAUAUCUGCGGAGGUCCGUUCGACUUUUCCUCAUUUCUUAAGUUCAUUUUUGAACUUUUCAGCCUUUGGUCACAUUUCUCGGGAUUGUAAAAACCCUCAGAUGGCCGGCGACGCGAGUUAUAUGCAGGUAAUUAAUUGACUUUUUGAGGGAAGAAUUUUCCUGAAAAAGGCUCAUUUUGAUUUUUAAAAUUGUUUUUUUUUUUGGACUUUUCGUGGGAACUCUACUAGGAACUUUGAAAUGGAAUAGUCCCUAUUUGAAAGUCAAAUGUUUCAAAGUUUGAAUAUAUACGAAAAAUGAGAAAAAAAAACAAAUGAUCUGAAAUGAAAGCGCGAAAGAGUGCUCACUAUUCCAAGUCUUGGUGGAUGAGGUAUAAUUUGCUCUCACUCAGGCUGGAAUGGACGACGAAUACGCGGCGUUGAUGGAUGAAUUGGGAGAAAAGUCGGUGAGACCGUCUGCUCCUUCGACGGCCGACCGAGGCGCCAGCAUGCGAGGACGUGCCGGCUUCGGAUACCGAGGCGGAGCGGUCAGUCUUCAGUUCAGCAAUCUGAACGCUCUUGGAUCAUUUCAGCGUGGCGGAGCUUCCUUCCUGCCCAGCAUGAUCUUCGGAGAUCAACAGCCGCCAGAGCCUCACUACGGCGGCGCCACCAUACAAUCUGCCACCAAUGCUUUUGGUGAGUUGUCGGAGAUUAUUGCUUCGAUCUCAGGUCACUCCUUAGUUAGGUUUUUCAUGCAAAUUUCGAGAUUUUGAUCAAUUUUUAAAGUACUAAAUGAAACUUCUUAGUGUUUCAAAUGAUAAGAAAUUAGUAGACUUCAUGUUGACUCAUUGAAAAGUCACAAAAAUAGCUUUUUUUUUUUUUGAAGCUUGAGACUUUGGUUUUUUUAAAAAAAUGCGCAGAUUUAAAUUUUCAAGAUUUCAUCAUUUUGUAGACUGAAAAAAACUUUCUAGCAAACUACCAGGACUUUUUCAUAAUUUAGAAUAAAUAUUCUCGUUGUGAGGAGAAAAGUAAGUUUUUUACAUACAUUUUCUCUUUUAAUAAUUGGAAAAAAAAAAAUUUUUUCAGCGGCCGCAAGUGCUCAAGCCUACAGUACCGACUAUUCGGCUCAAGACCCAUAUGCGGCCCACUACCAGCACUAUUCACAGCAGCAGCAGCAACAGCAGUACGGCGCUCAGCCGCCCUACAAUUUCUUCGCGAGCCCCGGGGCUCGUGGCGGUCGAGGAAGGGGAGCGUACGUUCAUUUCUCACUUUUUAGGAAUUUUUACUUGGUGUAAAAACCGCAUUCAUUAUGAUGACUUUAAGAAUAGAUAUAUAGAGCUCUGUUAGUAAAUAAAAUUUGAAGUCAACAUAUUUGUUAAUCCCUGAAAAUUUACGAACUGGGCAGUAUACAAGGAAGGAAGGCCAUCUGUCAUGUUCACCACUAUAGCUUCAGAAAUUGAAAUUUUUUUUGUUGCGGAUUGUUGCGAAGUUGCGAGUUUAGGAAGCAAAGUUAUAUCUCUAAUUUAGAAUUUAGUGUGAAACACGACUGUAUCUUUGAUUUUGAGAAGAGAAAAGAUAUCGCGGACAGGACAGAUUCUAAUCACUUGACUAGGGGGUCAAAAGCUACUUUUGAAGCCAUAACGAACAACCGCUUUUGGCGAACUAGAAGUCCGAACGUGUAGUUAAUCAAGUUGAAAGCAAGGUAUUACGGUCUUUCGUCUUAUUCUUCUGAGCGUAGUCCAUCCAUUUGAGCCUUGAAGAGCUUAGAAUGUAGGAGAGCCCGAAGACCGUGCUCUGGGUAGAAACUUAAAAUUAGAGCGACCGCUUCGAUUGAAGACAUUGCACGGAGGUGAAAAAUUAGUAGCUACUGGUUUUUGCUUGAACUUUUCACGAAAUGACUCUGCAGAUGGUAUGGAAGCGGCGGUUCGACAACGAUGCCUCUCCCAGUGCCGCCACCUCCUCCAGCUCCUCUCGGCGGCUUCGUUCCGCCUCCGCCGCCGCCGCCCCCAAUGCCACACAACGACCUGGCUCGGCUUCUCUCUGCACCGGCUCCGCCUCCGCCACCACCACCUCCGUCUUAA